GGCGUUGGGAGUGGUGGGGACCAUCAGACACGCUUGCAUGUGCGGCGAUAGCAAUCUGUGAGAGAAGGGUUGUGGUUUCAGGGUGAUUACGAGGACGAGAGAGACGGUGAAUUGAAUGACUGUGUACUCGUGAGCCAAAGGGUCAUUUUACGGGUUUUGAAGGAACUUGUCGUGGAGAAGGAGCGGUAAGCGCGAAGGUCAUCGGAUCCCGCUAGAACGAAGGAGGAGGAGGAGGAGGAGGAGGAGGAGGAAGGGGACGAGAAAGAAGAGGAGAAGAAAGGAGGAGAAACCAGAGAAGGAAGAGGAGGAGGAAGAGGAGGAGGAAGAGGAGAGGAGAGGGGGAAGAAGAAUAAGGAAUAAAAGAGGAACGCAAAUUAAGGGAGAAAACCCGGUGGUGGUGUUUUCAAGUGAUCUUCUUCGUCGACGGGAACGCUUUAUGUUAGUGUUGAGGUCUCGGGAAAUCUGCCGGCUAAUUGUUUGUGGAGGUUAAUAAGGCGAUAUUCUGACAAAUCAUCAUGCUAUUGAUGACUUGGAUGAACUCCUACUCUGUCGAGGCGGAGUGCCAGAGCAUCUGGAGCGAGAGUCCAUGAACGAUCAUCACCUUGAUGAUGGAGUAUGCCCUCCACAGGGAUGCCGUCACACUUCUAAUCGAAGAUUUUACAGUAGAGAAGACAGCAGAAGCGGCUGUGCCAUGGAUGGGAACCUUCGAUGGCCUAAACGAGCACGUGCAUGCAUUACGAGUAGUAGAACAGCUGCUGGGACGGACCACCACGACAGCUUCAGAAGAGUGUUGCAGUCUCCUUCCGUCGCCGAAGAGGUGCGUCCCUUUCCAAGAAGGUCGAUGCCCUCUGGCAGCAAAACGAGCGGGUGCACGGCUGUGCCGCCUGUGCAGCCGUCAGAAAGGGGGACUGUGGCUCUCAGAGAAGCAGACAACAUGGUGGGAACGGCAGAGCAAGAUACCGUGUCAGUGUACGAUGGCGGUGGCGGUGGAUCGCCAGUGGCGAAGAGAUUCUGGGCUCAUCAGGUGGUGAUGUUGGCGAACGCAGCGGAAAUUCUUGAGGCAAGUAGCAUGAAAGCGAAGAGCAAGUGGGCAAGGGAAACAGCGGGAAGAAAUGGGAAGGUGCCAAAGAGUGCAAAGCUUGGAUCAUGGAGAGCGAGGAGCGAAGGAACGGAAAAGGAGGGAUGUCAGGAGGACGUUGACAAUGCGGAAGACCAGGAGCAAGCUGCUCUUGGACUGACAGAAUUGGCGAGCCUUGUAACGGCGCAGGCGAUCAUUGUCCCUGUCCUUGUGAAGGUUCAUGAAACUGGUUUAAAUGAGGGGGUUAAGAAGUCGAUUGUGGAGCGAGAGGGCAGAGAAGGUGCCAGUGGUGCAAUAGACGAUGCAGUCUUCCACAACCUGUGCCGCGUCAAGCAGUCGGAAACUGCUGAGGAUGGAGGGGACGUUAGAGUCAAGCCAAGAAUGGAACCAAAACAAGGAGGGGCUUGCAGGCAAGGACGGUUUUCUAAAGCUGACAUGGGAAUUGACUGUGAAGGGGGCGGCAAGAGCGAGAGCAGUCAAGAGGGAAGAAGCGACCUGUCGGUUGAGUUGGUAUCGGAGAUCCGUCCUAAGCAUUCCUUGGAGUUUGCAUGCACCACCGCCGAGGGAAAUGGCAAGGCGGCCAUGCAUGAGGAGCGUGUGGUUCGUGCCGGUCCACACGGGGAACAGCGAGUCGGGGAGGGGGCAUUUGUUGCGAGGGACGAUGAAGAGGAGGUUACGGCAAGGCACAUGGCGGAGAGUAAGGAUGGAAUGGGGAUAUGGGAGAAGGAAACUGAAGAAAGGGAGAGUGAUAGUCAACAGGAGACAGGGAAUUUGAGUGGGGGUAAUUCUUUUGAGAAAGAGGAAGAAGAGAUGUGGGAGCAAGAGAACGGGAACGAGAUGGAGAAGGAUAGGGAAUUCGACAGUGAUGAGAAAGAACACGAGGUGAACGAUGAAGAGAGACAGAUAGAAGAGGGGAGGUGUAGAGAUAUGUUUCAUGAUGUUGACAUUUUGAAGGAGAGGUCAAGGAGGUAUACACACAGCAUGGAAGGCAUGCAAUCAGAGGAGGGGACUGAGGAAGGUGGGUGGGCGGACGGCAAAUGCACGAGUGAUGUCAAGACCGAAGGGGUAAGCAUAAUUAGAAAAGCACAGGAAAGGGAAAAGGAUAAAGGCAUGGAGAUCAAAAUGGUGAAAGAGAGGGACAGGGAGGAAAGGAGUUGGAAGGGGGAGGACAUGAGCGGUGUGAGUGUAGGUGCCAGGGGAGGAAUGCUGGGCGGCGUUUUACAGAGACAAGUCAGCAUAGAGCAAUACGAUGGGAGGAAGGUAGAGGUUCCUGGGAAAGUAGGUGUUGCAAAGGGCCGACGCUCUUUUGCGAAGAGGAGAAAGGAAGGUCUAUCUGUGGGUGAUUGCGAAGCUGGUAAAGAGAAUGGGUUCUGUCCUCCAAACAGCUUGCCCAUUUCAGAUCAGGACAAGGAGACUCCCACUGUUUGUGCUGAGCGGGCGCUUCCAAGAAGACGGCGGAGGCGGAUAUCACAGGAAGGAAGUUGGGUAAAUGGUGACCAUUCCCAUAAGGACGAGCAAAAUAACCGCUGUAUGCAACACUGGGGGCGAGUUGAGUUGCAGCAGUGGCAUGGAAAGCGGGAUAUGAAGCCGGAGGUUCCGGCUCUGGUCGAAAUGCUGCCAAGCCCGGGAAAUGGGGUAAGGAGUGAAGAUUCUGGCUCGCCUAGCCAAGCGGUACCAGUACCCGUCUCUCAAGAUAUGCUAGAAGCCCAGAAGUUGGAGGUUAAUGGGAAAGGGACUGUGUGGAAGAGAGUUGGCAAAGGAAACGAGGGAGAGGAGGAGGCAACAAGCAUGGAGAGGGGGGAGAGAAACGGAAUCGACGAUCUGGUGAUGCUGCUUCGGGCGAAGAGGCAGAGCCACGAUUCAGGCUCCCUACGACAUGAGGAAACGGAGUCCUUCGGUAACAGAGGGUUGUUAGGUCGGGAAUCAGACGCGGAGAGGGAGGAAGGAAGCAGGUUGGAUUGGGUUGAGGCGAAUGCUGCUUGCAGUUUGCGGAAUGAACAGAGGGAAGAAACGACACCUCUCUCUGAGGAUAUAGUAGGUUUGCAUACGCCUCAGCAGAUGAGUCGUGGCCUGACAGGGUCAUCAGUUUCGCCCAUAUGUUCAACUGGCGGGUGUAGCGGUGUGAGGAUUCCGACGGGCAGGAGAGGAGAAAGGGGAGGGGGUAAUGCCCAGGGUCUCAGUGCAAGCCCUGGCUUAUUGCCCAAGGCUGCUGUGGACUUGGAUUUGCGGUUGGGAGGAGGCAGUGAGUGCAAGGAAUGCACUCCUGAGACACCACAAGGGUCUUGUGACAGCCGGCAUGUAGUAGGAGGGGUGCUGAAAAGUGGGAGAUCAUCGCGAGGAGGUAAGGCAGCGGCGUUUCUGCAGCGCUGUGGAGCCAAGCUAUACCAGCAGCAAACUGAUGCAGCAUUGCUUAGCGGGUCGUCUAUUGUCUCUGCUGGCAAUGCGUGCGAUUUGUUAGGAUCGUCAGGGACCUGUCCUGUGAGCGCAGUGUUACCGUCAAAACAUGUACAUGCUGCUCAACACCAAUUUCCAGCCUCAGACACCGGGGACCGGCAAGGUGCACAAGGUGCAUCAUCGUCCCCUGCGGAUGCAGAAGUUUCGGCGGAGAUGGCAGACCAGGAUUGCUCUCAUGUGGAUGUCAUGGAGGAUGAUAGUCGGCAAACAAGGGUGAUUGAUGCGAAGCUGAAUUUUCACAUGGAGCAAGGGGGUCCGGUUUCACCGACUGCAUUUGAAGGACAGCCUGCCGGAUGCUCAUCCCCAGAACCGCGUGAUGGUUUGGGUACAGGCGAGGGAGUCAGUUGCUCAAGUGGGAGGGGAGACAAUGAUCAGGCGGCCUGUGAAGAAGACGACUGUAUCCGACUCGACGAUGAAAGGCAAGCUCGGUGCGAUAUGGAGGGAGUGGAAUGCCGUUCACAUAGAGUGGGAGCAGCACGGUCCAUAGAUGUGGGUGAGGCGGAAGGUUGUGUGGAUGGAGGGAAAACAGGAAGGGGUUCAGAUCUUCCAACCAGUCCAGAUGAUGAUCAAGUGGAUAGCCUUGGAAAGAAGAGAGUGAAUGCUGCUCUUAAUGUGGACCAUUCUUGUUCCAAAUUACUGAGGGGGGAUAGACAUGGACAGCAAGCGUCAACGAGCCAAGUCGCAGAAGAGAAGGAUUUACCUGCCUUGAUGUGUGAAUUCGGGGCCUCCGGUCCAAUGAAUGAUGAAUCUGGUCCUUCUCAACAAGCGGAAUGUGGCGAUUGCACUGCAGAACGACAUCCAGUAUCACCGAAGGUUAUUCCAGCAGAAGGUGCAGCCUCGACUGCUCGACAGAGGCGGACGGCAGCACAGCAAAAUGCGGCUUCACCCCUGGAUAAGCCACCUCAGACAAAUGCGUGUGACAAAGGAGUAGAGCAGCCUGCUGCAACUAGCGAGCCUUUGCAGUCGUCACCGACCCCGGAGCGAAAGACAGUGCGGAUCAGCGUAAAUGCAUUUGAGCUGCCCGAUGUAACAGUUGAGCUUUCUUCAGUGGCUUCCAUUGCCACUCUACAGAAGAAGGUGGCUGAUCGGGUUGCUCGGUUGAUGCUGCGGAAUUUGCGACCUCGCAUUCUCAUUGGGGGAAAGUUGAUGGAAGAUGAAAAGGCAACAUUGGCCGAAUGCGGUCUGACAUCUGAUGAGAACAUGAUUGGGUUCCGGUUGGAGAUAGACUCUGGAUUGGGAGAUCUCCUUGGGUCAUCUGAGGAUAAGGAUGUCGCUCUUCCGCCUGCCACUCCCGCUCCUGUUGUCGGGUUGCCUCUUCCUAUACAACAGAGCAUUGUGCCUGGAAGCUCUGGCAUGUCAGAUGAUGGGCCCCCUCCGACGAAGACGUUCUCUGGAAGGGGAAGAGGGAGGAAGAUGAUGAAGGGUCGUGCGAGACGGCCCUCGGGUAGUGAAGACGGGCAACGUACUUCUACUUAUUCAGGAGGACAUGCAAUUGCCCAUGCUCUUACAGUAUACAGGGCUCACUGCAUAGGAAGGGGGCAAGGUCUAGGGAGGGGCAGAGGCAGAGGUCGUGGACGGGGAAGAGGAAGAGGAAAGGGUGUGGGAUUCAGUGGAACAAGCAAGGAAUCUGAUCCGGAUUCGCGACAAGUGAUGCAGACUUUGAGCGUCACUAAAGGAAGGGUUGCUGCAGCAGAAGCUCUUGCUGCGAUCCGUGCACAGGCAGAGGCUGAAAGGCGAGACGAAGAGAUAUUGUGGGAGGAUGCGGACGGUGAGGACAAUGACGGCGUUAACUUCGAUGACAACAGCAGUGAUGGUGAAGAUGGCCUCACGGACACAAGGAGGACGAGUGGAGAUGAAGAUGGAGAGUACGUUGCUAGCCGGCAAGUCACAGAUCCAUCUAUGAUUAAACUUCAAGGGAAGAGGAGAGUGAGGAGGCCAUUCUCUGUUGCAGAAGUAGAAGCCCUUGUCAGUGCAGUUGAGCGUCUGGGGACUGGCAGGUGGCGGGAUGUGAAAGUGCAGGCAUUUGCUCAUUCAAAACAUCGGACAUAUGUAGAUCUGAAGGAUAAGUGGAAGACACUGGUUCAUACGGCACAAAUAGCGCCACAGCAGAGGCGGGGUGUGCCUGUCCCAGAUGGUUUGCUAGAAAGAGUAACGCACGCCGCGGCGUUCUGGGGGGUACGUCAGCUCACCAUGUAGAGGGAAGCUGCGGCUUUGUCGGUGUGGGUUGUGAUAUCAGAAUGGGAGAGACUGAAGUAGGGAGGAGCACGAUUUACGAGCGCUAGAGUGCCGGCGGAAGGAGAGGUGUGUGGCACAUUCUACACUGAAGAAAGCUGUCUGGCGCGGGUUAUGUCUUGCCUCGAGGCCGGUGAGAUUAUUACUUGAGCCUCCGGCAUUCACUAUGACCUCCUAUGGCGACUAAGAUCGCUUUCGUCUUUUUUACUUUGGCAUUUUUUAUGUUCACUGCAUGCCCUUCGUCGUCAGAAUCCAAAACUUUGUCCCCUUCUGUCCCCUCCCCCCCGCCUCCUGUCAGUGUUCAAACCCACGGUUAGUCACAGCAGUGCAAAUGUGGCUGUUCAGCAAUUGGCAUUUCCAGAGCAUUGUUAGAAACCGUUGUCAGAUAUAAAUUGUCUUUUACGUUUAGUCGGCGCUUCCAGCAUCCGUCUUGGCCUUCUCUUGCUGUCGCUUGGCUCUCUCCACUCCCAUGGAUGGAUACACGAGCUUACGCAUUCAUUACGCGAAAAGAAAUUCUUCAUUUAUUUUCCCAUCGGUAUUGACACCAUUUGAGGUUUUCACAGUGUGCCAUUAUAAGUCUCCCAUUUCAUUCUUUCCGAUGGGCUGUUUUUCACUCUGCUAUUUUCCGACUCCUGACCAUUCGUUGACGAUUUGGAAGCACACAUCCUAGUUGUUGAUUGCAACGUGCCUCAUCGCUUCCUUUCCGGCGUGGAUCGAUGGCAGUCUAGCUGGCCUCCUCUUCUUUCAGCUUGUGUUGUAGCGGUGCGUGAGCUAUGGAACCUAUAAGAUGAGCAAUAAGUUAGAAGAGAGGGUGAUUUGCGUCGACUGUGUCGCUCAGUACGAACAGGACGUGUCCUCCCAUCUGCGGAUACUGUCGUCAGCAUAAAGAUUUGCAUCCAGGUCACCCAAAGUUGUGCCGUCUUGAUGUGCAGGUUGCUGCACGAUCUUCUCAUUUCCAAUCCUGAUAAGCCAAGUCUUAUCAAUCCGACACCCUGCUAUCUUCUUGCUUUUUUUUUUUUUUCCUGUUUUCAGUCAGUGUUGGUUAUUUGUUCUUAGUUCGCCUUUGGCAUUCAUGGCAUCAGCGAUUACAAAGGUGUGAGGCAUUGGUGGUGGUUGAGGGCUGAAGGACUUCAGCUGCCGCCAGGGUCAGACGAGGCAUUAGCCUCCUGGAUAGUGGCAACAAGGCACUGCUUCCUCUUCUUGCAGAUCAUCACAUGUUGUGGGCACAGCCCUGUCCUGCACUGCAGCACACACACACACACACACAGAGAGAGAGAGAGAGAGAGAGAGAGAGAGAGAGAGAGAGAGAGAGAGAGAGAGAGGGAAGGAAAAGUGGAACAAGGGUGGCAUGGGAUGAACGGCUUCCAAUCGUGUUUAGUUUGGAGUGUAGUUGAGGUGACCGCUGGCUGUGAAGGUUAGGGAACGGAGGAGAGCGCAGAGUUGGGGGAGGGAAUUGGGAGGAAGAGUUAGUUCGACUUAGUUGUGUUUUGGCGUUGUGCCCACAAUGCUUUGUCCUGGGCUUCAAACACUGCAAUCAGGUGCCUACUUUGUCAGCGGAAGAGGAGUGCAGUUGGUUUUCCAUGCAUAUGUUUGCACGGCAUUGACGUAUAGGAUCAAGUCAAGUUUUCGGGCUCUUCAUUCUCAUGUUAUCUGCCAAUAGCAUUUGGAAAGCAAUGAUUUUCAUCUGUUCAAUAAAGCAUUCUUCUUGAG